GGAGGGGAGGCGUGGAUCUUGCUCACUUUUGACAUUCUCGUUGCAGUAGUAGCUUCUCCUCAAGGCAGGACUCAGAUGACACCACCCCGACAUCGACCGGAGGAGCAACAAGGGAAGCGCUCUCUCUCUCUUCUCUUCUCUGCGGAUGAACUUUGUUUUGACACCGGGACGCGUUUAAAAGUUCAUCAGAUGAAUCGGAGCACCGUGGAGCAUUUGACGUCUUCACAAUAGCAGCGGGGAGAAUAAUCUGAGAACAGUCCAGCUCAGAGUCUCGCACACUCGGAGCUCCGGGGGCGGAAUGUGAAAAACCCCAUUUUUGGCGCAUGAUCUUCUCCGUGGUGAGCUGCCUUCUCCUGCUUUCUGUGCGGUUGGAAAGCGGAGGAGGAGGAGGAGGGACGGCUUUUCCCGACCCGAGCCCUUGCCUAUGGACGACGGAGGUCCCCUCUCUCCAAAGGCGAAUGCUUUCAGUAUUGCCUCUCUGAUUUCGGCUGCAGAGCAAGCAGGAAACGCAGCGUUUCAGAAACAGAGCGCCGGCCUGGACAAGCCAGACCCGCACAGCCACAGCUCCUUUAAAAUGCACUACAGCACUGUCACCCGGGAAAUGGAAGCCAUAUCCAGCCCGUGGCUGACGCAGCUGUCCCAUUUUUGCGAUGUUGCAGCCUUCACGACGAGCAGCCUGAGCAGCCUCAACACGCCGGGGGGCUAUCACCUCUCUCCGUCCCCCGGGGACCCCUACAGCCAACAUGAGUCCCACUUCGAGCCGUGCCCGGCCGCCCAGCACAACUACAACUACCCGGGGUCUAACCCGGGCCAGGCCCCGCCGAGCGACAACGGGACUCCCAACUGCUCGUCGUCGUCCUCCAACUCCACGCCGAACAGCAAAAGUCUGGUGAAGAAGAACCCCAAAGUGGCCAACAUUAACGUGCAGCUGGAGAUGAAAGCUUUAUGGGACGAGUUUAAUCAGCUGGGGACGGAGAUGAUCGUUACUAAGGCUGGCAGGAGAAUGUUUCCAACUUUCCAAGUCAAAAUAUUUGGGAUGGAUCCCAUGUCCGACUACAUGCUCCUGAUGGACUUCCUGCCCGUGGACGACAAACGUUACAGGUAUGCUUUCCACAGCUCCUCGUGGCUCGUUGCCGGUAAGGCGGACCCCGCCACACCGGGCAGGGUGCACUACCACCCGGACUCUCCGGCGAAAGGCGCACAGUGGAUGAAGCAGAUCGUCUCUUUCGAUAAACUGAAACUCACCAACAACCUGCUGGAUGACAACGGCCAUAUCAUCCUGAACUCCAUGCACCGCUACCAGCCCCGGUUCCACGUGGUGUAUGUGGACCCCCGCAAAGACAGCGAGAAGUACGCCGAGGAGAAUUACAAAACCUUUGUUUUUGAGGAGACCCGCUUCACGGCGGUCACAGCGUACCAGAACCACCGGAUCACACAGCUGAAGAUAGCCAGCAACCCGUUUGCAAAGGGCUUCAGGGACUGUGACCCGGAGGACUGGCCCAGGAAUCACAGGCCCGGCUCUCUGCCAAUAAUGAGUGCCUUUGCCAGAACAAGAAACCCGAUGUCGUCCCCUCCGCAGCAGAACGGCUCCGAGAAAGAGGACAGCAGGCGGGAGUACGAGCGAGACCCGAGCGGCACGCCUAUACACGCCGACCCGGCUCACCAGCUCAUGUCCCGGGUCCUCAGCCCCGCCUUGCCCGUCCCAGGAGGCCUCCACGCCGUCCCGCUCACCAGUGGCGGCAGACCCAGCCCUCCCCACGACCUUCGAUCAGACCACCACGCCCUCCCACCGGACACCCUCCAUCACCACCCGUACAAGUACCCCACCACCUACGAACACUACCUGGGCGCCAAGACCCGGCCGUCGCCCUACCCGUUACCCGGUAUCAGAGGACACACGUACCAUCACCACAUGAACCCCGCCACAGCGAACAUGUACUCAGCCACCAGCGGCCCCUCUAACUAUGACUACGGGCCCAGAUAAUGGCGGCUCUCCACCGGGGGGAGAACGGCACACAGCACUCUGGGAAAUGGGAGCGAGGCAGGAAAAGCAACACUGUCCUGUCUGUCUGUCGGCGGCUCACACAACCCGCAGGGAGCGUCCAUCAGGCUGGAUAAACCCCGCCAUAUUUAUUUAAAGGAAACCUUUACGGCCACCUGCUCUGAGGACUGUUUGACCUUUGAACCCCAAAAAGGCUAAAAGCUCCACGCCAGGUCUUCCUUAACUGAGCGGUGCAGGACAUUGAGCCGGUCGAUCAGGAGACAGGAGGGACCUCUCCUUAACUCUGACUUUUUUUGAUCACAGACUGGAAUUGAAUUCUUUUAUUUGUGUUGAAUGCACUUUUUUGAUUUGCCUUGUUUUUAAUGCUUUCAAAAAAAAAGCCAUAUGUUAUUAUAGUCCUCCAUCGACCUUCUAGGUAGACGAGAUGUUUGCAUGUUGAGCUCAUCGGAGAGAAGAGGAGAGAGGCUGUCGAAACACAAUCGAAAUGUUUUUGUUUGAGAGAAGAAGAAAAAAAAAUACUAGAUUUGAUUUUGAAACGUUGUGAACAUCCCGGGCCGCUCUGAGAAGUUUGUACCAUGGCACUGACUUGCAGCAAUUCAAAGUAAAUAAAUGAAGCAGACUGACUGUUCUGUAUCUGUAAAAUAAACAUUAAA